AUGCCAACAGAAGUUGCAAAAUUCUGUUCACCAAAUUGUGAAAACCAAAUAUUCGCUAAUUUUGGAGGUACACCUAACAUAAAAAGUUGUGCAACCGCUGCUAAAGUUUGUCCUAAAAACAAUAUCCAAAAUCCUAAAUAUGAUUUAUAUAAUGAUCCUAAAAAUCUGAAGAAAGCCCCCAGAGAAUUUAAAAGUGCACCAAAAAUUACACCAAAUCUUAUUCCAUACUUAUUAAACAAUUUUAUAGAAGGAAUCAAUAAAAUUGGACAUGGUGCGAAUGUUAUCCAUAAACAUGCUGAGGAAAAUGUAAGCAAAGAAAAACCUAACAAGAUCAACCAACGAUACGAUGAUGAAAAUUUUGCAUUACUAUUAAAAGCAGAUGGCAAUAAAGGACUAACUGCAUUUAUAGUAUCAUCAUUAGUGAUACUAAAGUCAUUAUUAUCAAUAGAUAUUAUAGGCGAAGACAUUAACGUUAAUAAUCACUUAAAAUAG